AUGAAAGUUCCCCAUGUCAUUGCUGAAUUGGUAUCCGAGUUUUCCGGAUUCCAACAUACUCCUGAUUUCAAAGCAUCCAGAUCUACAGGAAACUUUGAGGAGGAAACAGUAGAAGGGUCUUCAUCUUCUUCUUCUCAUCCUCCAGAAUCCCAUUCCGAGCAUCACGGACACUCUCUAUAUUUUGGAAAACACUUUGGUAAGAAGCACCAGCACCUACCGCCUGUAGACGAGAAGGAAGCUGAUACUCAUUCCAACCAUAGUGAGCAUUCUGGAACCUCGGGCUCUGGAUCUGGACACAAAUCCAAACAUCACGGAUUGACGACUCAUUUGAAAGAGCUCUUACACAUCGGGCAUCAUCAUCACCACCAUCAUGACCACGAGGAUCAUUCAAAAGCCAAUUCAGGAGCAUCUACACCAGCAAGAAAGAAUUCCAAUGGAAGCCAAUGUGCUUGUCAUAAGCAUUCAAUCAAUAUCACAGUGGGAGCGGACGAAGUACCAACUGUUCUAGCAACUCCACCCAACGAAAUGACCUCCCAGUAUAUGCCACACUUCCUGAAAAACACCCAAUCCCCAUGCAUCUCUCGUGUCGUCAGUUCCAGUUCCUUGAAAGAAAAGCUCAACAAGAUCAAGAGAACUGCGAGCUCGGAUAGCGAGACGGAUCUUCCAGAGAAGAAAUGCUCAGUUGCUUCGUAUCGUGUUGUGACACAUUAG